CCCAAUGCGCCUCCGCGACCCCUCCAAGGUCUUCCAAGUACUUCCAUGUAUUGUACAAUACAAUACCACUUCCCCAGGUUAGGAUGCACAUACACUACACAUGUACCUACCUCCUAACCCAAAGUUGAGGCAUUGACGUAUUGACGUAUUAAGCAUUAAAAUGAAAUGGAAUCAUCUCAGCUCUCACGCCUCACACCGCAUGUCUCUUUCCUGAGCUCUCUCAACCGGUCCUCCCGGAUGCUGUGAUUACAUGCCACUUACCUCUUUACCCUACUGAAUCAUCUGGCUUUAUAAAUAUACCAGACCUGUUCCCUCUUCAUGGCCAAGAUCGUCCUCAAUCUUCAGUCGCAAUCAUAAAGCUUAAGUUUAUAAUACAAUCCGACAGGCAGUUACCAGACCGAUAAUACCCUCUCACAUUUGGUGUCGAAUAAGUGCCUAACCUAAUGGCACAACUUGUAGAAAAGAGAAGGAGGUUCUCCACGGCUUCUGCGCAUCACCAGCGCCGAUUAAGCGAGUUCGCUGCCAAAUACGGGCCCUUCGCGCGAGCCCUCACACCGUUGUUUGUCGGUAUCUCAGCUGUGAAGAAUGACGAUGGCACCGUAGUGUUGUCCAUUGCAACCCACGACCACACUUACUUGCUUGAUUUUAUGGUUGAGGAGUUGAAAAUUGACCCUGACCAAAAAGACAAAGACGUCAUCGCAGAUUAUGUGAUUUCGCAGAUUCAGAAGUACGAGCACGAAAACUUUGUCAAGUUCGUCGGCGCUGGGCUCCCUUUGAAUUUAAAGGAUAUAAGCCCUACCCUUAAUUCCCGCCUUUGGCUGGAAAUCGAUAUUGUCCCUGUUGACUUCGAUGUCGACCAGUCGGAGACAUCCUUCUGGGAUAACAAAGAUGUCGACGAGCAGGCUGAUUCGAUGGCACGUAAAUGUGUAAUGGUCUUUGGUCCUUCUCUGGUUCCUAUUCUACAGGUCGCCUUCCGCGGCGUAGUUAUGAGUGACGUUGGUUUCAGAGCUCGUUUGACUACCCUCGACGAUUACCAACCGACCUGCAGUCCUGCUACGUGGGACUCAACGAUGCAUUAUGCCAAGCAGCUGAAGGCUAAGAAAGUCAAGAUAGCUUUCUUCAGCGCAACCCCUCAAGGCGGUGGAGUUGCACUCAUGCGACACGCGUUAGUGCGAUUUGCCCGUCUGGCAGGCGUUGACUUAACCUGGUACGUGCCGAAACCGCGCCCAUGCGUAUUCCGAAGCACCAAGAACAUGCACAACAUUCUUCAAGGUGUGAGCCAGCCAGAUGAGCGUAUUUCCCCGGAAGAGCAACAGGAGAUUACAGACUGGAUUGUCGAAAAUGCCAACCGUUAUUGGCUCUCCAGAGGAGGUCCCCUACGCCCUGUUGAAGAAGGUGGUGCCGACAUAGUUGUGAUCGACGACCCUCAAAUGCCUGGUCUCAUUCCGCUAAUCAAGAACAUCACGCCAAACCGACCCGUUAUUUAUCGCUCUCAUAUCCAGAUCCGUAGUGAUCUUGUUGCUCAGAGCGGCUCGCCGCAGGAGCAAGCAUGGUCUUUCCUAUGGAACAACAUCCGCCAUGCCGAUAUGUUCGUGAGCCAUCCGAUCCCUAAAUUCGUCCCGCACACUGUGCCUCGCAAUCUAGUCACGUACAUGCCGGCUACCACAGAUUGGCUCGAUGGGUUGAAUAAGGACAUAAAUGAUUGGGAUAGCGGUUACUACCGAAGUAAUUACAAUGAGCAGUGCCACGCCCAACGCAUGACACCACUGAGAUACCCGGACUCCAAAUACAUCAUUCAAGUCGCGCGGUUUGACCCAGCAAAGGGUAUACCUACGGUCAUAGAUUCGUACGGUGAAUUCCGUCGGCGCGCUGAAGAGUUGGGGUUAAAAGACAUCCCUCAGCUAGUAGUCACGGGCAACAGUUCCAUCGAUGACCCUGACGGAAACUUGAUAUAUGAUAUUGUCAUGGAACAGAUCGAGACGCAUUACCCGCAUUAUAGUAAUGACAUCAGUGUCAUGCGCCUACAAGCCAAUGACCAGCUUCUCAACACACUAAUCGCGAACGCUCAUGUGGUUCUCCAGCUAUCUACGCGAGAAGGUUUCGAGGUUAAAGUGUCGGAAGCAUUGCAUGCUGGACGGCCGGUAAUCGCAACACUAGCUGGUGGCAUACCUAUUCAAGUGAAAGACAAGGUCAACGGCUUUUUAGUUGAGCCCGGCGAUUACAAGGCCGUAGCUCAGCACCUCAUAGAGCUGUUUACGGACCAAGAACUGUGGGACCGAAUGAGCCAGGAAGCGAGAACUGGUGUCAGCGACGAAGUUGGUACGGUUGGUAACGCGCUUUGUUGGUUCCAUCUGGCAAACAAAUUUUACGACGUUGGAGUCAAGUCGGAUGGUACCAGGACAUUCGAAGGACAUUGCCGUUGGGUCAAUGAUCUAGCGCGAGAAGAAGCUGGUCAUCCAUAUGAAAAAGGAGAGAAUCGUCUCCCACGACAUUUCACCCACCAGAUUGAGUUGCCUCGGUUUUACGAGGGCAGCAUCAAAGAGUAGAUAGUUAGGUUUACACAACGUGGAUGGAGGGAUGUCUUUCAUUUAUAUUCUGGGGAGUAAGCUUUAUAGAUGUGUUUUUGAGGGGGCGGGAGGAGACAAGCGGCAUAUGUGGGACCGUGAAGCCGGAAUUUGGAAGUUAUCGCGGGUUCGGUCGAUGUCUUGCCACUCUUUCAGUACACCGAUACCCCCCACACGGUCGAUUCAUAGAAGUUAUAUAGGUAAGGCAGGUUAGAGGUAGCUCGGUAUACAGAGUUAGACAGAUAGUUCUAUAUAAAUUUGUGGUCUUUGACUACCUAAGAUAU